CUAAACCAACAACACAUCUCAACACACAAUCAGCUAAUCAUGAAAACCACAAGUGCUUCUGUAUUUCUCCUUUUCGUCCUGUUUGGCCUCGCCAACGCUGCAAACAAUGCUGUGCUGGAUAUUAACGGUGAAGAGGUCGUCACGGGUGUCCCAUACUAUGUAGUGUCGGGGAUAUGGGGCGCUGGAGGUGGAGGGCUUGCCAUAGGCAGGGAGAAAGGUAGACCAUGCCCGGAAAUCGUCGUUCAGAGACGAUCCGAUAUGGACUAUGGUAACCCCGUGAUAUUUUCUAAUGCGGACCCCAAUGAUGAUGUUGUCCGUGCGUCCUCCGACGUAAACUUGAAGUUCACUGGACCAAGAGACAGACUCUGCCUAACAUCAACGGUGUGGAAGGUUCAACAUCGCGACGACUCAACCGGAAAAAGGUUUGUGGAACUAGGUGGGGAGGAAGGAAACCCUGGUUGCGACACAAAGAAGAGUUGGUUUAAAAUAGAGGAGACCGGCACGGAACGUAUGUACAAAUUUAAGUACUGCCCUUCGGUAUGUGGUUCAUCCGCAACUGCUUGCAACGAAAUUGUGAGAGCUGAAGAUAACGAUGGACAAAUGCGUUUGGCUCUAUCCGAAGGCGAAGGGGCAUGGGCAUGGCCAUGGGUAUUUAUCAAAGCAAACCAACCACGUAGUAGGAUCCGACAAGUUGUUCGUGCUUAAUCGAAAGCCAUCCUUGUGCAUCAACUAAUUACUACUGUAAUAGUAGUAUUAGCUUUAAGUGAAUAAAGGGCCACUGCUUAAAUCUGAGAGAGCUUAUCAUUAAAGUUGCCUUGUUAGAGGCAGCAGCAUGCUCAUGCUUACAGAGUUUCCUCUCAGAGCCCUGCUUUGUACUCUUUUCAGCUUAUUGAAUAAAACUUUGUAGUUACUUCU